GUAUAUAAAUUCAAGCUCAUCAAGUCGAUUUUAUAGUUCUUCACUUCGUGAGCAAAGCACACCAUUCUCUUCCUUCACAUCAUCUUCACCUCCCAACAUGGCUUCACUACCUCUCGCAGCCCACCGCCCCAUCGGUAAAUGGCUCCCCGAGCAACGACCAGCAAUCCAGCAAUGGAUCGCCUCCAAGCUCAAGCAGGCCUACAAGAUGGACACUCUAUCUCUUGACCCAAGUCUCGAAGCCUUCCAGAAUCUCGUCAACGAUACCCCCUACCUCAAGACCCUAGCCAGCGACAUGUUCACCCAGUCCUCCAAGAACUAUGAUCCAACCGGUGAACCAGCCCUCAAGACUUUUGAUGACUUUGUCACUGUUGUCAAUCUCAUUAUUCAAUCUGCCCCUCCGUUCUUUGAUAAGCAGGAUCCCCCUACUGCUAUGGGCAUGAUUGGGUUUCCUAUCAAUGCUGUGCUUGAUUGGCCUAUGGGAACUGUUGCUGGGUAUGAGUUUUGGCUUUUGUCUGAAGUGAACACUUCAUUCAAGGGUGUUUUGGACACUUGGGGUUCGUUCUUGGAGUCUUCUGGGUCUCAGUCUGGUCUAGAGGGUUGGUUAUCCAAGGAUGCACUCCAUAUGCUUGCCACUGUAGCGAACACCGGCAUGCUGGGCGGCCCCACCUUUGACAAGAUCUUCAUCUGCGAUCCUUCCGCAAAAUACUACGGCUACAAGUCCUGGGAUGACUUUUUCACACGAGAGUUCCGAGAGGGUAUGCGCCCGAUCGCCUGUCCAGACGACGCCCCUCCAACCCCAGAAUAUCCUGAUCCAACUCUCGUCCUCACCAAUGCAUGCGAAUCCGCUCCCCUACAAGUCGUCGAGCACGUCAAGCUCCACGAUCAAUUCUGGCUCAAGUCCCAACCCUACUCCCUCGACAGAAUGUUGAACUCCAACCCCAACACCAGCAAACUCGUCGACGGGACGGUUUACCAAGCCUUCCUCAGCGCAAAAAGCUAUCAUCGCUGGCACGCGCCCGUCAGCGGUAAAGUCGUUGACAUUGAACUUGUUCCCGGGUCAUACUACAGUGAGAACUACUUCGAGGGAUUAGCUGGCAAUCCAGAUGAUCCUGAUCCCGCGGCGCCAAACUACUCGCAGCCUUACAUCAGCGCUGUAGCUACGCGUGGAAUUAUUUGGAUUCAGGCCGAUAACCCCAAGAUUGGACUCAUGGCUAUUGUGUUUAUCGGCAUGGCUGAAGUAUCGGGCUGUGAGUUUAUCGUUGAAAAGGACGCUCAUAUUACCAAAGGACAGCAGAUUGGCAUGUUUCACUUUGGUGGAAGUUCGCACUGCAUGGUGUUCCAGCCGGGUGUGAAGCUUUUGUGGAAGCGUCAGCCUCCUUAUGAUAUGGAUACAGAGACGAACAGCCGCGUGAACAGUCUCCUGGCUGUUGUUGGUAAUUAGAAUUAUCUUGGCGGUUGUUCUCAAUUCUCUUGUUGGGGUUGUCUCAGAAUGAAAUCGCAGAGGCUAUGGACUUCGAGUUAUUUCGUCCAAGUUCCAAAAGGUUGGACUCAAAGAGUCGACAUCGAUCGACGAUCGUUCACUAAAGCUGCCGGGGUUUGGGAUAUACAGCACGGCCAAGGGAACAAGGAACAAGGGAAGAGAUAUGAGGGAGGUCACGAAAUUGUUGGUCUAAGAACAGAAAUACAGGACUGAAAUCUUCCGGUAGCUUGUUUAUCCUUCACUCGAUUCAGAGC